UAUAGUGGUUUAUAUGCGAUUAAAGUAGUUUUGUGAGUAGCGAUUUUUGGUUAGCACAUGAUUUUCCCUUCACUUUUCACUGCUCAGCGUUGUAAUUUGCUGAAGUUAUACGCGGUUCGUAUGCAAAUUUCACUACAUGAUUUUUGAGAGGGAAUGGAACCCUACAUGAAAAUUUAACAGCGAGCAAGAUUCACAGAAAACAGUUUACAUUCUGCACUUAUCUAGCGUUAGUUAAGUAAGACUAUUAUGCCAUCAUGUGGAGAACUGCCAAUAUCACAGUCUUCUCCAGUAUCCCAUGAUUCUAAUGUUUACAGCCAUCCGGUGAAAAAUGGCGGACGAUAACAGCAGUAAUUCUCAAUCUCAUGGGUUUGCGGAGAGAUUGAAAUCUUGGUUGUCCUGGUCGUGGACAUAUGUUUGUGCAGUUUGGUUCGCCAUGGUCUUAACCAUGAUUUACGUGCUACGAAGUCCGUUGAAGCUUCAAGAGUCUGUCACCGCUGCGUCUGUGUUUCUGAACACACUUACACCUAAAUUUUAUGUUGCCCUAACUGGAACCUCCUCUCUUAUCUCUGGUCUUAUACUGAUAUUUGAGUGGUGGUAUUUUCGGAAGUAUGGUACGUCCUUCAUUGAGCAAGUUUCUGUUAGUCACCUGCGCCCUCUCCUUGGCGGGGUGGAGAACAGCAGCUCUGCAGGUCUCUUCACCUCAGCCAGUGGGGAAGUUGAGCAAAGGCCCAGUGUCUCAGAGUGUAAAGUAUGGAGGAACCCACUGAAUCUUUUCCGAGGUGCAGAAUACAGCAGGUAUACAUGGGUGACGGGUAGAGAGCCUCUGACUUACUAUGACAUGAAUCUAUCAGCACAAGAUCACCAGACCUUCUUUACCUGUGACACACAACAGCUCAAACCAGAGGACACUGUCAUGCAGAAGGCCUGGCGAGAGAGAAAUCCUCAGGCUCGUAUCAGAGCGGCUUACCAAGCUCUCGAGCUUAACCAUGAAUGUGCCGCAGCGUAUGUGCUGCUGGCCGAAGAGGAAGCCACUACCAUCGUGGAAGCCGAGCGACUGUUCAAACAAGCGCUGAAGUUUGCGGGGAAAGACACAAAUCUUUUGGUGUACAUCAAGCGCAGGCUGGCCAUGUGUGCCCGGAAACUGGGACGCAUCAAAGAGGCUGUGAAAAUGAUGAGAGACUUAAUGAAGGAAUUUCCCUUACUUGGAAUGUUAAAUAUCCAUGAGAAUCUUCUAGAAGCCCUACUUGAACUACAGGCCUAUGCUGACGUACAAGCAGUCUUAGCAAAAUAUGAUGAUAUCAGCUUGCCAAAAUCUGCCACCAUAUGCUACACAUCUGCCUUACUGAAAGCACGAGCAGUAUCAGACAAAUUUUCGCCUGAGGCAGCCUCUAGGCGAGGGCUUAGCACAGCAGAGAUGAACGCAGUGGAGGCCAUUCACAGAGCUGUGGAGUUCAACCCACAUGUGCCAAAGUAUCUAUUAGAGAUGAAGAGUCUAAUCCUGCCUCCAGAGCACAUUCUGAAGAGGGGUGACAGUGAGGCAGUGGCAUAUGCCUUCUUCCACCUGCAGCACUGGAAACGAGCAGAGGGAGCUCUCAACCUGCUGCACUGCACCUGGGAGGGCACAUUCCGGAUUAUUCCAUACCCACUGGAAAAAGGUCAUCUGUUCUACCCAUACCCAGGCUGCACAGAGACAGCAGACAGAGAACUGCUACCAUCAUUCCAUGAGGUGUCUGUGUACCCGAAGAAGGAGUUGCCCUUCUUCAUUCUGUUCACAGCGGGCCUGUGUUCCUUCACUGCUAUGUUGGCCAUGCUCACACACCAGUUCCCUGACCUCAUGGGCAUAUUCGUCAAAGCAUUCUUCAACACCCUCUUUGCACCACUAGGAUUUUUUGCAGACAAGAUGGAGAGUUUUAUGCCUUCCUGCCUUUGGUACCAGCUGACCAGAAUCUAACACGAGAACCCACCCUCCACGCUCAAGCACACACACACACACACACACACACACACACACAGAGACAGAGUUACUCAUGGACAUCAGGAUGCAGAUCUACUGUAUGUGUAGCAUUAAAUGUUCUAAGAGGGUCAUUGGCUACUGUAUUAACAGUAAUAAAAUGUUUUGACUGUU